AUGGACCUCUUCGAGGCUGUAAAGUCGGGACAGGAAGAUACUGUGAAAGUGCUUCUUGAUAAUGGUGCGGAUCCCAACACUCAAGUAGACGGAUUUGGAACUAUUCUCCAUGCGGCCGUAUUUGAGGGAGAUAUAGCGAUCGUACAACUGCUUCUCGAGAGAGGUGCAGAUGUCAACCCCCAAGGCGGCGAGUAUGGAACUGCUCUCCAGACAGCGGCCGCAUUUGGAGUAGGGACAGCGAUCGUACGUCUGCUUAUCGAGAGAGGUGCACAUAUCAAAGCUCAAGGGGGCGAGUAUGGCACUGCUCUUCAAGCAGCGGCCGCAUCUAGGGAAGACAUAUCGACAGUGCAACUACUUAUUGAGAAAGGCGCGGAUAUCAACGCCGAAUCAGGUAGAUUUCACACUGCUCUCCAAGCAGCGGCAUUUAAGGGAAAUAUAGCGGUCGCACGACUGCUUCUUGAGAAAGGUGCAGAUAUCAACGCUCAAGGCGGCGAGUAUGGAACUGCUCUCCAAGCGGCGGCCGCAUCUAAGGGAAAUAUAUCGACAGUGCAGCUACUUCUCGAUGCAGGCGCGGAUGUUGACAUCCAAGGAGGGAGACUUGGAACGGCCCUGCAGGCCGCCGCAUCUGAGGGAGAUAUAACGAUCGUUCGCAUUCUUCUUGAUCACAGCGCGAAUGUUGAUGCCCAAGGCGGCGAGUAUGGAACUAGUCUCCAGGCUGCCAUGUCUAGAGGACACGUAGCGGUUGUGCGAUUACUUCUUGAGCAAGGCGCGGAUGUCAACGCUCAAGGUGGCGAAUAUGGAACUCCUCUCCAGGCCGCUAUAUCUAGGGGAAUUAUAUCGACAGUGCAACUACUUCUGGAUGCAGGCGCGGAUGCUAACUCCCGAGGAGGCAGAUUUGGAAGUGCUCUCCAGGCGGCCAUAUUCAUGGCAGAUACAGCGAUCGUACACCUCCUUCUUGACAGACAAAGAAACGAAAUACCAAUCACCGAGAGGAUUCUUAAGGAAGUCUUGAAAUCCUGGAAUGCGGUCCAGUUGAUGAAUAUAUUGCUCGAUAAAACAGAAGGGAAAAUCUUCAUCACAGAAGAGAUUCUCGUUACAGCUGCCCAAAACGAGAGUGGAUAUCAGUUGAUGGCCUGUCUUCUAGAGAGCAGUGUCAAGAUAUCAGAUGAUCACAUGUGGGUACGAGGGCUGGCAAAAGUGGGAUAUAGUUACCAAGAGAUCAUUAACCUUCUUUUGGAGAAGACAAAUGAUUCCCCUUGGGUUUUCUUUGAGCCAGUCAGCUUUCCUCACUUUGAAAUGAAGCCUGAUCGACAUAUUCGGGGAUGUUGCCACUCCGUUUCGCCACCUGAAUUAUAUCUAAUAACGAACUCCAACGCCAUUGCGGAACGACAUCCAAUGACUCUUGAUAAUCAAGGGAUAAUCGAUCGGAUUGAAGAGGCUUGUGGUUUUGCUGGGAUCAAGCCCACCACACGAACGGUAGCUGACUGGGCUGGAUGCAUCGAGUUCAAUGAUAUUGAUUCGAUACUUUCCGUGUCAUAUGUAUUACCCACUGAUACAAGAAACUUGGUCGAUAUUGGAAUAUUUUGGUCUCGUAUCUCUCAGGGCUUGGAAGGGUUCUGUCAGGCUGCUGCUCUAUUACAAGCAAAUGAUCUUUGUUGCGAUUCCUUUACAGUUCUUAAAUCGGAAUUGAAAGGCCACGACUCGUCAUCGUCACCUCUAGGGGAAAUGGUUUCUGUUUCCUUCAAAUCAGUUCUCAGUCUUCGUGAGGAGCUGCGGAAUGUUACAAAUGCAGCUCCCGGUUACUCUGACCUUGAAAAGCUUUUAUCUGCAUCCACGGGGGUCCUCAGCCUUAUAUGGCCAGACAUACCGGAGGUUUCAAGCGAAUCAAGCAUUCAGUGGUGUCUUCACCUCUGUGCGCUGGCAGUCCAAUUUCUCUGUCUUAGCUUCCCUUCAUACUGCCAGGCCCAUAUUGGUCCUGUUAAACCCUUUUUCUUGAACUUUUCUGCACGAAAGGUGACACUGAUGGGACUUCAAACAAAACAAUCUUUUCCAUUCUUGGUAGCAGAACUUGUCAAUCUCACUUGUCUAGGUAAUAUGACCCGUGGGCAAGUCUUGUUGUUCCGUGCUAGUGAAGCUUCGCCGGAUAAGGAAAUGUUGGAAAUGCAAAUCCAACGACUAGGGCAAAAUCAUGAUGUUCUUGGACGUGCCGAAGAUAUACUCGAUAUAUGGGGCCCUGGAAAUCUAAUACUUCGAGAAGAUGGUAGUGGUGCUCCUGUCGCUAUAAAAAUCGGAGACGGCUUUGUUUUCGCUCGCGAAAGUGGAAAGUUCCAUUGGGCCCAGAAUAUACCAGAUAUCGAAGCUUUGACCUCGAUUGACAUUGAACUACCGCUUUUGAUCGGCUCGUUGGUCGCAAUAAACUCUGCUUGCAAACAUACCGAAGUCGAGUCCCGCCUUACAGCGGCAAACUUCCUCGAAGAACUGGGAACAAGCCGCUCGUCAUGGAAAAGGUCACAACGACAACUGGCCAUUCAAGGGGGGCAGUAUGUCGUUGGUCAAGCUACAGAGACUUGGAAUAAACAAACAGGCAUCUCGGUGAAAGACCAAGCGCUCGCUUAUCCGCCCCAAAUCCUCAUUCAAUACAUGGAUUCACAUUGGGGAGUCCAAGUCAGCUACUGCACUGGAGUGGCUAAAAGAGUCCGUCUAAGAAAGCUGGUAGUAGACUUAUUGCCGCACUUUACUCCUAGAUCUCCAUUUGAUUAUGGUGAUCUCGAGGCCAAACUGAAGGAUGAGACGUUGCGACCAAAGGACCUUCAGGUCUGGCUAAGCGACCUAAGUCCAGACCUACGCCUGGAAAUCUUGACUAUUAUCUGUGAUAUCCUGGACACCCUUCGGCACACUGGAUUAGACAGCACAGAUACUUACUUUUGCGUUGCCUGGCCAUUUGAGGGUAACGUCACUCAGUGCUUUAAAAUACCUCUGGAGCAGGAUAGCUCAUGGGCCAGAUUUCUGGCGGAUUCUCAUGAUUGUGCAACCUUUGCGUACAUCACAAUGGAAUGUUUUGAGACAACUGAAUUCAGAUGCAGCAAUAUUCCUAAGCCCUGCCUCGACAUACGCCUACUAGAGACUUCUGUUUCUCGCAGCAGAAAAGAAAACGUCUUCACGGAGUCGCGCUUACAGCAUGAGGAAGUUUGCUAUUUUUCCAAGCAGGAUACCAUGUUCUGGGUCAAAGUACUGAAGAAGCAUGCAGAUCAACCAGCAAGUCUUGUUGACCUGAUGGCUAUUCAGUCUUUACCACAUAGCAUCCGACAGAGGUUGCACUUGACCGAGCGAAGGAAGCAGCGGAGUCGUCUGCGGGAGUGCGCUACAAUAUGGACUCAAGGGGAAGUUGUUUCGGUGUCCUCGGCACGAAGAUCGAGUAAAUGA